CUGGCAUCACUGCUGGGCACUGGCUGGCACAACCGCUGGGCACUGACUGGUGGCACUGCUGGGCUGCACUGGUGGGUGGCACUGGUGGGCAGCACUGGUGGGUGGGCACAGGUGGGUGGCACUGGUGGGCACAGGUGGGUGGGCACAGGUGGGUGGCACUGCUGGGCACAGGUAGGUGGCACUUCUGGGCACAGGUGUGUGACACUGCAGAGUGGCACAGGUGGGUGCACUGCUGGGCACAGGUGGGUGAUCUGCUGGGCACAGGUGGGCGGAGCUAGUGGGCGCACUGCUGGGCACAGGUGGGCGGAACUUGCGGGUGGCACUGCUGGGCACCGAUCAUCAGGGCACUGAUCAUCACGUGUCAUUGGACACCGCUGAUCACGUGGUAAAAGGCCGCUGUGAUUGGC